AUGCCUCUCACCAUCCUAUCCUCAGAACAACUUCGAAAGCUGCUAUACUCCCUCUCUCACGACGAGAUAGUCGAGCUCCAACGAAACCUCGCCCGAGCACUUCGAGAAUACUCAACCGGUUCCCAAGAGGAAGGUUGUUCGGCUACUUAUCAACCACAGCGAACCGCAAUUACUCGCCAGGAUGGUUGUACAACACUCUUCAUGCCUGCCAGCACAGGCCAGACUCUAGGCAUUAAGAUGAUUUCCCUGCGGGACGGGGGUAAAGCCGGGUGCGCUAUGGAGCGCAGUGCUUUUGAGAGAGAGUCCGAUUCGUCUUCCAUUCGGCGACCGUCUACACGGGGUUCGGUCGCAUCUAUUUCGUCAGAGAUGAGCGAUUUGUCCGUGGGAUCCUCCCAGGGAGAAAGUCCAGCAAUGACACCUAGUGAAAGCAAUAUAAGUAGCAGCGUCGAUAGCUCUACUCUUAUGUCUGGUUGUGUGAAUCAGAUGCCAAUCACCUCUAACGAUCGCCCGACACCGACACCUCCAACACCUUGCUGGCCUGGCGCGGGAACACGCGAUAUGUCACCGCGGGGCAGCGUUACACUUCUAGAUGCGGACAGCCUACCCUUUGGACUGAUUAGCGCUCAGGAGCUAACAGCCUUCCGUACUGCACUAGCCUCGCUGAUGCUAUUCAACAAGCGCAAGAAGGUGCGCACCCUUUUGGUUUUUGGCGCAGGAAAACUGGCAUUCUGGCACAUACGGUUAGCUUUGACCCUGCGCGGCGACGACAUAAAUCGUGUCUACAUUGUCAACCGGUCCUUCGACCGAGCAGCGAAGCUCCUACGUGAUAUCUAUAUGCCAGAAAAUACAGAGUGGCGCCGCGAUGUCAAAUUCUCAGCAAUGAGCACCGACUUUGGCGAGUACAAUCGCAUCCUGAAAUCGCAUGUCCGAAAGGCCGACGUUAUCUUCUGCUGCACUCCAUCUGCAACUCCACUGUUCCCAGCAGAGUACCUUACCUCUCGAGAAGGUCGUCAAAAGGGCCGGUUGAUCUGCGCCAUCGGUUCUUACAAGUCUCAUAUGACCGAGGUACAUCCCGACAUCUUCCGAGACGAGGUUAAUGUGACACCUCCGCACCGUCACUACCAUAAACACACUCGACGCAGUGGCGUGGUAGUAGUGGACAGUGUCGAGGCCUCGCUGAAAGAGGCCGGCGAGGUUAUUCAGGCUGGCAUCAAGCCGAACCAAGUUGUUGAACUUGGUGAGCUGCUGAUGGUGCGCCAUGCCUCGCUUUCCUCCGACGAAGGCGUAGAUGAGGACAAGAGUCUACACGAUUGGGUGGAGCGCGGAAACGUCAUUUACAAGAGCGUCGGACUCGGCUUGAUGGAUUUGGUCACGGGCGGCGACCUCAUCAGCUUGGCUAGAGUGCGCAAUUUGGGAACGACAGUGGAGGACUUUUGA